UUUAGAAAUGUAGGGCCCACUCUAAUACAGUAACCUCCCUUCUCUGACAUGCUGUUCUGGUCCUCAUGCAUGUUAAUGACUUAAAGAGGAAGGAAAGGACAGUUCUGCAUCAGCUACUUGUGCCCUGACUACUUUAAAUAUGUGUCAAUAACGAAACUGACACUUACUAGCAGUUCCCACACACUGCCAGUAAGUUGACUCACUGUACAGGACCUCACCCCUUCGCUUCACUCUACUGCAGGGUGGGAGAUGCAACAAUGGCCUUGAGAACAGCAGGAAGUGUGUUGGUGGUCUUUCUCUGGUCUGUAGCAGUGGUACUGGGGCAGAAUGGCUGGAGUGUGACUUACACCACUCAGAGUAUUUGUGCCUUGAAGGCGUCAACAGUGCAGCUGUCCUGCUCUUACAUACAUCCCAGAAGUUAUACAGUCAAAACAACCUUCUGGUUCACUAAAAUGUAUGCUGUGGAGAAUUAUGUGAGUCUGAGUAAUGACCCAGACUACAAAGGUCGUGUGACGUACCAUAGAGAUACGAAUGGCAACACCCUGACAAUCACAGACCUGAGAGAGAGUGACUCAGCUACGUACAAAUUCAGAUUUAUAACAUAUCAGAACAGAGGGAAAUAUAGUGGCUAUCCUGGAGUCACUCUGUCUGUCACAGAUCUGCAGGUGAAGGUGACUCCUUAUUCACAGACUGCAACAUGGAAGACACUGACCUGUAGCACCACCAGUUGUCCUCUGACUGGUAACCCCACCUACACCUGGUACAAGAACGGACAGAAAGUAGAACAGGACUCUUCUGUCUUGUAUGUCAACUUUAACACUGCAGACAGCUACUCCUGUACAGUAAAAGACCAUGAGGGUCUCAGCUCUCCUGCAGUGUAUAAACCAAAGAACACCUCAGUGUCAGUCAGUCCCUCUGGUGAAAUAGUGGAGGGCAGUUCAGUGACUCUGACCUGCAGCAGUGAUGCCAACCCACCUGUGCAGAGUUACACCUGGUGGUACAAGAAGAAUGGAGGAGGCUACCAGAGUAUGACAGGACCACAGCAUGUCUUCAAUCAAAUCCAGUCAUCAGACACUGGAGAGUACUACUGUGAGGUCCAGAAUGAGAUGGGGACAGACAGGUCUACGACCAUCAACAUGGAUGUAAAGUAUGGCCCAAAAAGCACCUCAAUGUCAGUCAGUCCCUCUGGUGAAAUAGUGGAGGGCAGUUCAGUGACUCUGACCUGCAGUAGUGAUGCCAACCCACCUGUGGACAAAUACACCUGGUACAAGAAGAAUGGAACUUCACUGACAGGAUCUGAAAAGACGUACAAUUUCACAACCAUCAGCUCUGAGGAUAGUGGAGAAUACUACUGUGAGGCUGACAAUAAAUAUGGACGCCUCAACUCUUCUUAUGUGUCUGUGGACGUUCAGUAUGGCCCAAAGAACACCUCAGUGUCAGUCAGUCCCUCUGGUGAAAUAGUGGAGGGCAGUUCAGUGACUCUGACCUGCAGCAGUGAUGCCAACCCACCUGUGGACAAAUACACCUGGUACAAGAAUGGAGCUUCACUGACAGGAUCUGAAAAGACAUACAAUUUCACAACCAUCAGCUCUGAGGAUAGUGGAGAAUACUACUGUGAGGCUGACAAUAAAUAUGGACGUCUCAACUCUUCUUCUGUGUCUGUGGACGUUCAGUAUGGCCCAAAGAACACCUCAGUGUCAGUCAGUCCCUCUGGUGAAAUAGUGGAGGGCAGUUCAGUGAUUCUGACCUGCAGCAGUGAUGCCAACCCACCUGUGGACAAAUACACCUGGUACUUUCAAAAUAAGACUUUUCUAAAUGCAUUUGGAAAGAUCUACAACAUAAGUAACUUCAAGUCUAAGGACAAUGGACAUUACCACUGUAAGGCCUGGAAUGGAAGAGGAUCUAGGAACUCUACAGUUCUGAUGAUAAUUUUACCAGGGAAACAAACCUCAGUUCUGACUGCAGCUGUAGGAAUCAUAGUUGUUGUUCUGGUUCUCAUCCUCUGUCUCUCUGGCUUCAUGUGGUUCAGGAAAAAGGCCUCCAAAUCCACCUCUGACACAAGAGACAGAAGAGACACAGCAGACGAUGGACAGGGAGACUCUAGUCCAGUGUAUGACAACAUCUCAGGCAUGAUCAUGACCCCUACUGCAGCACAGACAGCUGACACAGACUACCAGGAUGAUGUUCACUACGCCAGCGUCCACUUCUCUCACUCCAAAAACCAGGAAGUACCUCUGUACUCCACCGUCCAGCUGCCUCAACCACAGAAACAGGAUCAAGAUGUCCAGUACGCUGCUGUGAAAUUCUACCGCCCCAGUUCUGCCACCCAACCCGCUGCAGCACAAGCAGCUGAGGAGGACUCCUCUGUUCUCUACAGUACAGUCAACAAACCCAGAGCCAAGAAGACCUGAACACAACAAACCCAGAACCAAGAAGACCUGAACACAACAAACCCAGAACCAAGAAGACCUGAA